AUGCCGCCUCCUUCUUGGGGCAUCUCGUUGAGUGAUGCCGUCGUCUCUCAAAGCGGUGGACUAUCGACAUCUGCUGCAUCGGCAAAUCCCGCUACAAACUCUGUCAAUGGCAGCCUAGAGGUCAUAUGUGCAUGGCCUGUAUCCGGCUCAUAUGGUGCCGGAUCGAGAGUCCUAUUCUAUGUGCUCGUAGCAACAGCCGUGUUUGCUCGAAAGCUUGACUGGAUCAAGAGUGCUGCCUUGUCUACUGCAUUGCCUCUCUCAGCUUCCGCUGCAGUUCAUGGCAUCGUCUUGGCAGCUUUACAUCACGACAAAGCUGUCGACAUGGACGUAUAUGGUGCCUUUCAGAUGUGCGCAAUUGGCACCCUAGUUAUUCCGCUGAUGAUCAAGCUCUCCAGGUCGCAUGAAUAUUCCACUUAUAUAGGUCGCCGUAUAAUGUUCAUGUGGGCAGGCCUGGUUCUCACUGGACUUGUUUGCCUGGCCAUUGAAUUCUUCCGAGCCCAAACAUUUCCCUGUCAUGAGAAUGGCCAAGGCAGCCCGAUAUCUAGCAAUUUCAACCGAUUCCCUUCCGGCGAGAACACAGCAUGCGAGCUAGUUUGCUCCGAAAAUAAUGGGCCGUUCUCGCCAAUUCGAGUCGGGUCAGCAAACAACAUUUACGUGGUUCCUGCUCCUAGAACGCUCACAUUCGGCGCGACAACACUCGUGGCAGCCGGAUGUUGCAUCCACACGGUCAUCUGGAUGGUGGUUAUGACGGAACGGUUUAACAUCAGGGCCAAGAGUUAUGAGACCAAUAAGCCAAUAUCCGGCAUCAGCGGCACAACCAAAAGUACCGUGAACGAUGUGAAUCUCAUGAUCCACCUUUUCCUUUCCGCAGCGACGGCCCCCGUGUCUGGGUGUGCUGCGGUUGCUAUCAUCAUUGUCGGCGAGAUCAAUUUCUUCAGCAGUCCAGUCAAUUACCAAGCCGAGCCUUUGGCGGCCAUCGGUCAAUCCCAAUACGAAUUAUAAUGGUAUAAGCUCACACCAUGGUCCUGAACAUGGCAGCUCUCACGGGUCUUCUCCAGCCAAUUCUUCCUCCCGUUACAGAGAUAAUGCAUCCCAAACUGGUAUACAUAUGGGAGCUAUGGGUGGAGAAAGAGGUUCACCACCGCUCUUGGAAAGCAACGGCAACAGCGACAAUGACCAGGAUCCAGAUUGCUCCGCUGUACGGAUUACAAGGACAUCUACCUUCUAAUCUCUUGAAGCCCAAUCAUUGCCAUCAUGAUGCCACACUUACAUCGGUCAUAAUACACGCCAAUCAAUCCCCUGUCAACGACCUUGCGAUUUAUACGUUGGACAAUGGCAGCAAUUUUAUUUUAUUUUUUCUAUAUUCCAAUAAGAAUGUAACGAAUGAAACGAAUAAAUGAAUCUAGACAAAACCCCCAAUCAACGCACAAAUUUUGGCUUUACCCACCAUCAC